AUGUCUGAUGAAACAAAUUCAAACACAAUAAUCAAAAUUGAAACAAUCGAAUUCCUCGAGUUAAACAAGAACUUGAAGAUUAUGAAAAUACAACAGGUUGCGGUUGAGGAGGAUAUAAAGCAAGAAACAGUUGAUGAGCAAGAUUUUAAACAAGAUCCUCAAGUGAAACAAGAGGUUGAUGAUUAUGAAUGCACAUCACUUAUGAGUAUUGAGAAUGAUGAAAUAUGCCUACAGCAAUUCCUAAAAUCUGAGGUUACUAUUGAUGAGGAAAUUAAACAAGAAAAGAUUGAUGGGCUAGAUGCUACGUCUAAUACAAGUUUCAAUGAAAAACCUCACAUAUUUAAUAAAGACACCAGUAAUUCAAUUGUAAAAUGCAAUAAAACACUCGCCGGAAAAAAAUCAUUAAAAAGACAUGAACUUGUUCACACUGGAGAACGACGUUACAAAUGUGAAGAAUGCAAUAAAAUGUUCAAAAUAAAGAUUAAUUUAAAACAACAUAAAAUAACUCACACUGGGGAACGUCCUUACAUUUGCAAAAUAUGUCAUAAAGCAUUCAAAGAAAAACGGACUUUUGAUUACCAUGAAAGAACUCACACUGAAAAAAUUUAUCCUUACAGUUGCGAAAUAUGUCAUAAACAAUUCAAAGCAAAGCAUAAUUUGAAAUACCAUGAAACAAUUCACACUGGAGAAAGUCCUUACAGUUGCCCAAUAUGUCAUAAAACGUUCAGAGCAAAGCGGGCGUUAGAACAACAUGAAGCAAUUCACACUGAAGAAAACCCUUAUGUGUGCAAAAUAUGCAAUAAAACAUUCACAUUAAAAAAAACAUUAACUCAACAUAAAAUUAGUCACACUGGCGUGCGUCCUUAUGAAUGUGAGAUAUGCAAAAAAACAUUUACAUCAAAACAAUCAGUAGUUCGACAUAAAAUAAGUCACACUGGAGAACGUAAUUAUAAUUGUGGAAUUUGCAAUAAAACAUUUGCAAUAAGAGAUUCGUUAAGACUACAUGUAAGAGGAGUACAUGCUGGAAUGUAUAAAAAACGUUCAAAAAUAUUUUGAAUUUGCCGGAAACUAGCCAACCAUAAAAAUCUUUGAAUUG